GUAAGGACUGUAGCGAUUGAUGACACGGUUUGUGUUCGCCUUUUAGCCUCCAAAAACAGGGUUGCUCCACUUAAACCCACAACUAUACCACGUUUGGAGUUGUGUGGUGCAUUAUUAGGGACGCGACUCUUUCAGAAGGUACGCAAAUCUCUUACUCUAAAUUUUACGGCUGGCCAGACGUGGAGCUAUGUACCUUCCAAGUCUAAUCCGUCGGAUUUGGCUUCCCGCGGGGCCAAGGCUGAUUCCAUCAGCUCAUCUGUUCUGUGGUGGCUCGGCCCUGAUUUCAUCAAUCAGACUAAAAUACAAUUUCCCAGUUUUCCCAACUCACAAAAUAAUUUAUUUUCAGAAACAGCUUUAUAUACAGACGAACACGUCGAAAAUAAUACUAACACAAAUAAUAAUAUUACACAACCUAAUCUAAUUUCUAACCUAGUUCAUAAAACAUCAUCUUAUACUAAAUUAAUCAGAAUAGUUGCUUAUAUACAAAGAUUUAUUUUUAAUUGCAAAAAUAAAUUGAGAAAAUCAUCAUAUUUAACCUAUAAAGAACUACAAUCAUCGCAAAAUGUAAUACUAAACAUUGCUCAACAGGAAAUGUUUCCUGAAGAGUACAUUACUCUUAAAGCAAAACAAACUUUACAUAAAAAGAAUCGUUUAAUAAGUCUUUCACCCUUUAUAGAUUCACAGAAUUUAAUUCGCGUAGGCGGUCGUUUAGAAAAUUCUAAUUAUGACUACAAUAUCAAACACCCUAUUUUAUUAUGCAGUAAACAUCACUUAACCAAAAGUAUAUUUGAAAAAGAGCAUAAAGCACUUUUUCACGGAGGGCCUCAACUAUUGUUGGCACAAGUACGUCUUAAUUACUGGCCUCUUGCAGGUAAAAAUCUUGCGAAGCAUGUAGUACGUUCCUGUGUACGUUGCACUCGCUUCAAAGCGCAGCCUAUACAGAUUCCUAUGGGUAAUUUACCUACUGAUAGGACGCAUUUAGAGUUUCCUUUUUUGAGAUCAGGAAUGGAUUUCGCCGGGCCAGUGCUUAUAGCCGACCGUAAAGGUAGAGGUUGCAGGUUAACUAAAUCAUAUAUUUGUGUUUUUGUGUGCUUUGCAGUCAGAGCCGUGCACCUGGAGCUAGUGUCCGAUUUAACUAAGGAGGCCUUUCUUGCGGCCUUCAGCCGGUUCAUUAGCAGAAGGGGCAAACCUCAGCGUGUGUACUCCGACAACGGCUCAACAUUUGUGGGAGCUUUUAAUGAGCUUUCACGCUUCAUACAGGUUUCUUCUAAGCAAAUAGAGUCUGAUCUUGCAAAUCAGGACAUACAGUUUAAAUUCAUUCCUGCCUAUUCCCCACAUUUUGGUGGGAUAUGGGAAGCGGCAGUAAAAUCAACAAAACAUCUACUACGUAGAGUCUUAAGUCUUACUCACUUAACAUAUGAGGAGUUGUCGACAUGCCUGAUUCAGAUAGAGGCUAUUUUAAAUUCCAGACCUCUAACGCCUUUAUCAUCGGAUCCUUCUGAUCUUUCUUUUCUUACUCCUUCCCAUUUCCUCCUCGGGCGAGCUCAGAGUUCGAUAAUCCGACCUGGACUCACCGAACACAACAUACAUCGCCUGCAGCGCUUCGACCGCAUCGAAAAGCUGCGUCAGCACUUUUGGCAGCGCUACUCUAAUGAAUACGUAUCUCUUCUGCAGCAACGCACCAGGUGGCAGACCGGCGGUCAAGACCUCAAGGUUGGAGCAAUGGUCCUUGUACGAGACGUCAAUCUUCCGCCUCUUCUGUGGCUACUUGGAAGAGUAGUCGCUGUCAAACCUGGGACAGACGGGCGCAGUCGAGUCGCCGACAUACGGACGAAGAAGGGCACCAUAACUCGUGCCUACAACAACAUCGUGCCGCUUCCUCUUCAAUGACAUGUUCCCGGGGGAAUAUGUUCCUACGUCUCAUCGGGCCGCGCGGCGCUGGCGGGCAAACCGGUAGCCCCCGCGCGCCGGCCUUCAGCGUGCACCUCCCCGCGCACCUCCCUGCGACAUCCGCGGCCAGCGAGGAGCGCGUCGCGGCCGCGAGUCCCUUCACUUCACCGGACCACCGGCCUACGCGACGCACGCACCGCGGCUAUACCUCGAAUACAGUUCAUUCUCAUCGAA